UGACCAGCUUUUCGAAGCUUUUAGUUGGCGGUAGAUUAAUAUCCGGAGCGGAGUAACAAAGGAUUCGGAUUGCGGUCAGAGUUUUGCCGCUGGGUUUUGGAGUGCCAAAUAGCUCCGUGUUUUAGGGAACCACCUUCCUCUGGCAAUCACCAGCAGCAGGGAGGAGGAAGGGAGCAAGCCUAUUAAAGUGAGUUUAGGCGGGACAUUCAGCCAGUUGGAAAGGUACCUUUGUGGUUCAGAAUUGGAUUUGCAAUGAGGAAAAUAAACAUUCUUAUCCUCCUCUAUAUGGCCAUGAGCUCUGUACACAGCCGAAAGAAAAGUGCUAAAAUAUUGGAACUUGGGUCGGAUUUAGGAAUUGAGGUUUUCAAUCAGGUUGUUAGCGCUAAUCCAACAGAAAACAUUAUCUUGUCCCCACAUGGAAUUGCAUCAUUACUUUGGACGUUACAUAUGGGAGCUGAUGGAAGAACAAAACAGCAGUUAAGCAAAGCUCUGAAGUACAACUCACAAGGUACUUACAGAAAGCUCAAAAGGGUAGAGAAGUUGUUAACUGAGAACAGAAAUCAGGAUAUAGUUACUAUUGCUAAUGGAUUAUUUGUACCACGUGAAUUUGAAAUGGAGCCAUCCUUUAUUCAGAAAACUCAUGAGGUUUAUCAAGCUUUACUGAGAAAUGUAAAUUUUAAUGAUCCUUUGAAAGCUGCAUCCAUAAUCAAUGAAUGGACCUCAAAUCAAACUAAAGGUAUGAUCACAGAUAUGAUUUCUCCAACAAUUCUCAAUCCUGCGACAAAACUUGUAGUAGUCAAUGCUAUAUUUUUUAAGGGUUUGUGGAAGUCUAGAUUUCUACCAGAAAAUACUCAGAGUGGGAAUUUCUAUGCAGCUGAUGGGACUGUGUAUCAAGUUCCUUUGAUGUUCCAAAGAUCAGCAUUCAAUUUUGGUAUUGCCAACACACCUGCAAAUGUGAAAUAUUAUAUCCUUGAGAUGCCGUACCAUGGCGAGACCAUUAGCAUGUUUAUUGUUCUUCCAGAGAAUAUUGGUAUCCCACUCUCUGAAAUAUCUCCUCACAUUAAUACACAAACUAUAAAUAGCUGGAAGAAAAUUAUGACAGGAAAGAAACUUGAACUUUCUAUACCCAGAUUCACUGCUGAGACAGAAACUAGACUGGAGAAACUGCUUUCAUCUUUUGGAAUUACUGACAUGUUUGAUCAAACUAAAGCAAAUUUUAGAAAACUCAGUAGGUCUAGUCAAUUAUAUGUUUCACAUUUCCAACAAAAGGCUAAAAUUGAAGUAAAUGAAGAUGGAACAAAGGCCUCUGCAGCAACAGUUGCUGUCCUGAUGUUUAGGUCAUUCAGGAUCACCCCUCCAUUUACAGUAAAUAGACCAUUCCUCUAUGUAGUCUGGCACAAUCCCACAGGUACUGUCCUCUUCAUUGGACAAGUUUCAAAGCCAUAAGAAGACAAUGUGGAGAGAAAACUAUUUUUUGAAGCUUAUUCAAUGUCAAAUUGCUUCUAAGUAGUUUUUAAAAAGUUCUCUUCUGUAUCACCAAUAACUAUAAUGAAAACUAGUAGAUAAUGAUAUAUGUUUUUUGCCUUGCUUGGAAUGUUUCAUCUGUAAUUGCAGGGUUUCCUAACCAUCUGUAUGCAACCAUACCUUCUUAAUUCAGUAUUGCUCUAACAUAAUAAUUUGGAUGAAUAUCCAAAUAGAAGUAUAAUUUUUAACAGAAAUUUUGCAUGGAAAUGCUUGUUUCACAGAGGUUUGCUAUAAUAGAAGUAAGCUCUCUACUUGAACAUAUGAUAAAAACUAAAGGUGUUUUAUGGUAACUUGUUAGCUAAGUACUAGUCCCAGAUAACUGAAAGAUCCUUUAGUACUAUCCGUUUGUGUAACAUCAUCUGCAAUCAUCACUCAUGUCGAUAUGGGAAAUUUCCCAUGAAGGCUGGAAAAGGAUUUGUAAUCUUCACAAACAGACUUAAAUAGCAAUUCUUAAUGCUCACUUUUAUCAACUGAGGUAAAUAGUUUUUUUUACUUUUAAAAACUGCAUUGUUGUACAAGUUGAUCCAAUGUAUUACAUACACAUCCAGGGGUAAUCUCCCCUCAGUAAUGAACAGUGUUGUGAAAGGCCACUUCAAUGCAGCAUGCUGAAUAAUUGCAUUUGUAUUGAAAUAAUGCUUUUAACUUGAUGAUCUAAUUUUUUUUAUCUAUACUUAAAUUGUAUUGGUAAUGUUAGCAAAUAGGUACUUUAUUGCCUCAUUUACUUAAUCUUGAAGCAUGUAAAUUGUGAAAUGUAGUUGUAAGUCUCAAAUGCCCUUCCAAAUUUGGUUUAUUAAUUCUACCUACUAUCUAUUAAGAGGUGGCUUGUUUUUCAAUGUCUUUUUUAUAGCUGUAUUUUUCAUGGAAAAAUUAGAUUUGGCAUAAGUUUUGGGAAACUUCAAGCAAUUUAUUGUUUCAAUAAAAUGAAUUUGAUCUAC